GGUUUUUGCAAGUUUCUUGAUUAAAAUGGGAGAAGUUUCAGGUUACUAUGAACCUCUUCUGAAAGAGAGAGAUGAAUUUAAUGGAAACAAGAAAACACCCCUAUGGGUUUCAUCUGCAAAAUUGGCUCUGAAAGUUGUAAUGUGUGUUAUCUUCAUUCUCUGGGCGGCUUUUAUCUUUCUCCGCCCAGCGGAAUUUAUGAAUAAUUUGUCUAACACUCUAACGAAUGCCACCAAAGGGACUGUUUUUGGGAUUACAGGAAGCAUAUUUUUGUGGUACAGUGCACCGAUUCUGAUCAUUGCAUUUCUUGCCAUACCACAUCUCAUUCUCUCUGGGGAAGAUGAAGUACAAGUGAAGAAGGCAGGGAAAGGUGCAAGUUUUCGCCUGUGGACAUUUCCUGUUCUAGUGGAUGGACCAUUUGGGGUUGUCACUGCUGCAGAGAUGAUCGGAAUAGUGCUCUUUGCUGUGUUCACUAUCUGGGCUGUUGUUAUGUAUACUAUACAGAACAACAAAAUUUUAGCAGAGUUUGAUGUGGCAUUAAAAGAGAAAUGCAUUUUCUUGUUGGAACUCACAGGUCUCCGCUUUGGAUUUAUUGGACUAAUAUGCUUAGCAUUCUUAUUCCUCCCGGUUGCAAGGGGUUCCAUUCUUCUUCGGCUUAUAGAUAUCCCUUUUGAGCAUGCAACCAGAUAUCAUGUUUGGCUGGGACAUCUAACAAUGGCACUCUUUACUCUUCAUGGUCUCUUCUAUGUGAUUGGUUGGGCUAUGCAGGGACGCCUUGUAGAGGAGCUACUGGCCUGGAAACAUAUUGGCAUUGCUAACCUUCCCGGAGUUAUCAGCCUGGCAGCUGGUUUGGUGAUGUGGGCAACAUCAAUGCCCGGAGUGAGGAGAAUAAACUUUGAACUAUUCUUCUAUACCCAUCAACUAUAUAUAGUUUUCGUAGUAUUCUUGGCCUUGCAUGUUGGUGAUUUCGUUUUCAGCAUAUCUGCUGCUGGAAUAUUCCUCUUCAUGCUUGAUCGUUUCCUUAGAUUCUGUCAGUCACGAAGGAUAGUUGACGUGCUUUCAGCAAAAUGCUUCCCUUGUGGAACAGUGGAGCUCGUUCUCUCAAAACCUGAAAAUCUUCGCUAUAACGCUCUUGGCUGGGUAUUUCUUCAAGUUCGUGAGUUAUCGUGGCUGCAGUGGCAUCCUUUCAGUGUCUCCUCGAGUCCUCUUGAUGGGAAAAAUCAUCUUGCUAUCCUCAUAAAGGUUCUUGGGGGAUGGACAGAAAAGCUGAAGGAACAGAUAUCGAGUCUGUCCAAUGAAAAUGAUCAAUCAGAAACGCAAACACUCUUGAAGCAUUAUCAGAAGAUAACUGCUUCCGUUGAAGGCCCUUAUGGGCAUGAAUCAGCAUACCACCUAACGUACGAAAACCUGAUUUUGGUCGCGGGAGGGAUAGGAAUUUCACCCUUCCUAGCAAUCUUGAGUGACAUCCUUCACCGUAUUAAUGAUGGCUUGCCAUCGCUGCCAAUAAAUAUUUUACUAGUAUGGGCCAUAAAAAAUUCGGACGAACUUCCACUUCUCCAGACAGUUGACAUGGAGGGGAUCUGUCCUCUUUUCUCCGAUAAACUGAACCUUGAGAUCAAAACUUACAUUACUCGAGAAACAGAACCUCCCUUGGAGGAAGGCAUAGCGUCGAAGCCAGUAACCUCCUCCUGUGUCUUCCCGAGCCUCACGGGACGCACAAUGUCUGGUUUGGUUGGUACUGGGCAUGUUGUGUGGUCUGGUUUAUACUUAGUGGCAUCAACAAUAGGCAUGGCCAUCUGUGUGGCUCUGCUAAAUGUCCUGUAUAUAAACCCUUUCAGUGUAACCUACUGGUGGUACAAGGGGCUUCUCUUUAUGGGAUGCAUGGCUGCUGGGAUCGUUAUUUUCGGAGGUCUCGUGAUCUGUCUAUGGCAACUUUGGGAGAGGAAGACGACUUCCCCGAAAGAAGAUUUCAAUGGUGCUGAUUAUUUCGGCAUCAAGCAACAGAGAGAGCCUCGGAUGGACAAGAUUUCUGGCCAAGAGCAAUAUGUUAGCACGGUUCGGUAUGGUCAAAGACCAGACUUUGGAGAAAUAUUUGGAAGCAUGUCGGAGCGGUGGGGGAAUGUGGAUAUCGGCGUGAUCCUCUGCGGCCCUCCGGCUCUGCAGACCAGUGUUGCAAAAGAAUGCAGAACACAGAACUUGAAGAGAAGAAGUAACCAGUCCAUAUUCCAUUUCAACAGCCACAGCUUUGACCUCUAGUCAAUCGCACUUCCAAUAUCGUCUGAAUAAAGGUUUUUGAUGCUAAGUUUGCUUGCAGGCUAACUGCAACUGUAGUGUAUUUUAUGUGUUGAUGUAUAAAACUAUAAAUACGUAAAGUUUAUGUGUACCUGUAUAUAUUCAAGGAUUUUCUACUAAGUCCGAUUGUAUUGAGUGUAAUUAGAUAUGAUAUACUUAAUUGUACACUUAUACCGGUAUUAUUUUUUAUUAGUACUAAUAAUACUGGGUACAACUAAUAUGAUAUAUCUAAUUGUACCA